GAUGGAACAAGACUGAACUCCGUCCGUACACGUGCGAAACAGGAUCAGUUCAAGACGACUAUUUUCCGAAAGUCAGUGUUUUACUAUCCAAAACCGAUGGUAAAAUACUGACCUAGCCGGAAGCGAGGUGAUUGGAAAAGAUGACAGCGCAAGUCACCAAGAUGGCAAAUGGUCGGAGUAAUUCUACACCCUUAGCAACUGGAUACAGAAGGGUUAUUAGGAGGCGAACUCUUGCGAAAUGGGCUAACAUUCAUCUAGAGACAGUCUGUGUGUCGAUACAAGACGUAACAGACCUCCACGACAGCGGAGUAGCGGCGAAACUGCUGUCGGUUCUAUCGGGAAGAAAGAUUGCUGUGCCAAUAUUUCAACCCCACAGGAAGAAACGACAGGUAGUUGGUUGGAGGAAUAUUUGCAGUUUUUUAGAAAGCUUGGAAUUCCCGGAAGAAAUCACAGAGCCACUUCAAUUCACUCAAGAAAACAUCAAGUUGCUUCUCGACUGGGUUUGGCACCUGGUGAUAUACUUUUUGAUAACACCGCUUCAAGACAUGUUUGGUCAAACACAGAGCUCGCCUAGAGAAUUCAUUCUGUCCUGGGUUCAUGAAAAGCUUCCUACUCAUAAUGUCACAAAUUUUGAUACAGACUGGCAAAAUGGCGUGCUACUCUGCGAGCUUGUAAACGCUACUCAGUCUGGACUAAUCCCAUCAAAGCUUUAUGCAGAUAAAACAAACGGUGAAGGAAACGCCAAACUCGGCAUGCAAAUUGCGCAUGAGGCCUUCGGAAUACCGCAAGUAAUUUCCCCGUUUGAUCUAGCGUCAUCGCAAGUGGAUGAGUUAAGCUUGCUGACGUACCUAGCGCUGUUUGUGAAGUACGAGAGUCUAAAACAAGGGCCUGGGAAGAAGGCGAAUAGAGGUAACCCGGUAAAUAAGGAUGAAGAAAUUGCGCAUGCGUGUAAAGCAUACGGUUCAGGACUGAGAGCUAGUGAACUCGGGAAAGUGGCGGAAUUUGUUGUCGAGUUGAACGGUGCUAAACCCACUGAUAUAACCAUAGCAAUUGAAUGCAAGCCAGUUCGAGGAGCUGUUCAUGAAGACAAACCUGAUCUCAGCGUGAAACCGCUGAACAGAAAUACUUACUGUGUGAAGUAUUUACCAACACGACCUGGAGACUACGUCAUCAGUAUUCUGCAUUGUGGGGCUCAUAUAUUGAGGAGUCCAUUCUACUUGACAGUUCCAGAGCAAAACGGCCUCAGUUCUCUAAAGACGCCUCUUAGAAAUCAGCGGAAAGACCUUGUGGAUGGAAUUUCAAAUAAUGGACACGAAGUGUCUUCGAACAAGAACCACUCACCAACGAGUCAGAAUGGCUCGCCGAGCCUGUCUUCUGACGAUGAGGGCAAAAAUUACCCACUUAACCCUCCCUUUCUGACAAAUGGAUCUAUAUCACCUGAACUUCCUGCGAAUACAGCUGAGGGACCGGGGCUUAUCGCCGGGGAGGUCGGCCGUGUAGGGAGAUUCAGGGUCGUAACUGAUAACACAACCAAAGGCCCUUUGAGCGUCUGCAUCAGCUGUCCAGCGGUUUCCAUUCCAGUGCCCUACGUCAAAAGUGUGAAGAAGAGCACAUUUACAGAGCAUAGCGUGCUGUACAUCCCCACGGAGCCUGGAGCUUACGAAGUGUUCAUAAAAUGGGGAGACAUUUCCAUCAACGGAAGCCCUUUCAAAGUCUUCAUAAACAACGUGUUGGAGGACGGCGUCGGCGCGCAAAUCGGAGUGAAAGACGAUUUAGGCGGGCGUGGAAGAAUUCGCGUGUACUACGCAGCCAUGUCGACGAAUCUCAAGGUGCGAAAGGACAAUGAACUGUUGGAGAAGUUCUUAAAGGCAAAAGGGAUUUCAAACCGAUCGGAUUUUGACGAGUGGAUUGCGCUAGAUGUAGCCAUGAACAGAGCGCAAAGAGAUAAAGUUUUCUCCAAAGCUGGUACUCGAAAAACACCAAUGCUAUUUGCUAAUGAUGUCUUCAUCGGAGGUUAUGAGGAUGUUCUCAUUAUGGACAAGCAGGGAUUGUUUGAUAAGUACUUGAAGUAACUUUAUAUCUCGACCAGACUGUAGCUGAAGAGGAAUUCUCCAUUGAUGUUUCAUUUUCAUUUUUUGGUAAAUGGUAUGAAUAAAAAAGAAACGCAGAGCAUUUUUUGAGUCUGUGAUAUUCAAAAUUGCCUUCAAGUGAAGGUAUCUACCAAAUAUUUCUUUGAUGAGAAAGAAAAAUAACACGAUGGCAAAAAUAAACAAGAAACGAAGUAGGAUGGCUAAGGAUGGAAAAGAUUGACAGGGAUUGGAAACGAGUACUAA